CCAACAAACGCCACGGUGAACGCCACGGCAGUUCCGCCAACAAACGCCACGGUGAACGCCACGGCAGUUCCGCCAACAAACGCCACGGUGAACGCCACGGCAGUUCCGCCAACAAACGCCACGGUGAACGCCACGGCAGUUCCGCCAACAAACAGUACAAGCACGGCGACCACAGUAAAAACUCCAACCGUCGGGCCAAACGUAGCAUACUCUGUAUUUUUUAAGAUUGUCAAUAAAGACUUUACAGCCGAGCUGGCCAACAACACAAGUCCAGCUUACAAAAGCCUUGAAGACGACAUUGUGCUACAGCUUGAUCAAAUUUUCAGAAAAAAGUACGGAUCAAAGUUCAGCAAGACCCAUAUCUUGCGCUUCUGGACUGGUUCAGUCAACGUUGAUGCUGAAGCAAUAUUUGUGAACGACAGCCCACCAGUGAAGGAAAAUGUGCUGAGGGCCUUUGUGAGCGGUUUGGCUCCAAAUGAUACAAUUCCAAAUACACCACUGCAGCUAUCAGCCAGCUCAAUUAACGUGUCUGAUGCCACGCUUGCCACUCUGCCACUACUCAACGUAAACACUACCUUCCUCGCGAUAAACAAGGUCUACACCAAUGUCCAUGAACGACACCACCUCGCCUGAAUACCUUGACCUCAGCAAUCGGAUCAACCAAGAGGUGCAGAGUAUGUUCAGCAGUUAUUCGGUGAAACCAGUUUCGGUGAUGACAACCUUCUCGAACGUUUCCGGUGUGGUCGGCGUGACCUCCAUAGCGUCAUUCAACACCACGAGCCUCAUCCCACCUGUAGACGUCUUCAACCUUCUGCGUGCCAAGAUUGAUAACAACUCUCAGUUGGCGAGCACCGGUGUCUACGUUAAAGAUUCAUCCAUAGCCAUCGAUGGUACCAAGCCCUACAAUGUUGUCCCAUUGGCAAUGAAUAUCAACACCCCGUUCAAUGCCGCUCUGGCCAACCGAUCCAGCGCCGACUACAGUGCCCUGAACAGCAAAUAUGCAGGAGAGUUGAAAAAUAUUCUGCAAUCAAAGUAUGGACCCAACGUGCUCUUACUGGACACAACAUUCAGUGACAGCCCACCGGGGGUGCUGUCUUCGACUGAUGUGAUCUUCAGUUCAGACACCAUCGUGAGCAAUACAGAACUUCGUUCCCUCAUUGAAAACGCCACCACCUUCCCAGAACAGACCUUUGGAGGGUCUGGUCUCACAGUGGAUGUAACGACGCUCUCUGUUGCCGGCAACCCAUCCAACUAUAUCACACAGUUUAUUACACUCCGCAUCCUUAACAGGAAUUUCACUUCCGACCUAACCAACAUCAGCAGCGAUGCCUACAAAAACCUCACCAAAGACGUUUGGAAAGGGAUUAAUGAUGUGCUGAAACCAAAGCACAACAACCUGCAGUACAUCCUCAUCAAAAAAUUCAGGCCUGGCUCUGUGUUAGUCGACUCAACAGCUGCGUAUGCAAACACGGCACCCGACGCAAAGAUUGCGUUGUCCGAGCUGACCUCCAACAUAUUCUUGCCUGGUGAUAGUAAACUGCAGCUCGACCCUACAGCAAGCAGCGUGGAUGGCGUUACACCAACGACCACCACAACGGCCACCACAACGGCCAUCUCAACGGCCACAACCAUCAGCAAGCCGUCUACUGCCUCCCCAACGACCGCACAGUCGUGCAACCCCCAACUCCAGCGUUGCCAGUCUGUACCGGCGUGGGGAAUCGCCAUCAUCAUCCUCGGCAUCGUCGGCAUUCCGGCUCUGAUCCUGCUGAGCGUUCUGGGUGCAAAAGGUCACCUAAAAUUACCAAAGCUGACUUCCUACGACUUCAAGCCAAACCAAUUUAAAUUCGGGGAAGGAUAUGAUGCUGUAGGAACGCGCUAUAACUACCAAGGCGGGCCUUGAAGAUGAUGGGCCCCUUUCAGACACGAGGAACCAUCGCGUGUGGACAAUGAAUGCAAUAUGUAUUUAAGGGGCAUGUUUGUAAAAAAAAAUAUAUCUUUUCGUUUUUAAGUUAUAAUGGCAUCGAGUGGUGUGCAACAUGAACAGCCAUGAGUUGUCAGAAUGAAAAGUUGGCAAAGUCUGGCUUGGACUGAAUAGAUGUAAAUUUGAAAUACAGUUAACCUUUCAAGCAAGAGGCAUUUUGGAACUGGAGAAACGGUCGAGAAUUAUUGUAACUUGUACUGUUCUUAAUGAAGGAACUUGAUUUUAUUAAAUAAAUUUUCACCAGGGUGUGUAUGCUAUUAAAAAUAAGCGCUGCAGCAACUGCCCAUAAACUUUGUUUUUAAUUAUUGGGAAUUCCACGUUGCAAAAUAGUUUAAUAGAUAUACAAUGUGUGGUUUUGAAAUUUUUCAUCGCUUUUCAAGGUAAAGUUUUAACCAGAUGAUGAGGUUUUUUUUUAUUUUAACUUAUAACAGCUGACAAUUUUAGAGUGCGCAAAAUGUAUUUUUUGUAAUGCAUCCAAAAGAAAUGCCAUGCCAGAAAAGCAUUAGCAUUAUUAAUUCGCUGAAAAAAAAGUUCACCUAACGUGUGGAUAAAACCCAAUGUGCGUUUUUAAAUAUUGUAUAAAUUGUACAACAUUUCCCUUCCUCUCACAUGCAGAGCAGUCGCUCUAUGUAAUAUAGCCUCUAAAACGAAACGGCCUAAGACUUGGACGACCAAGCAACUGGAGUCCAAUGAGGCAUAUGGAUAAGUCGACAGGCACAAUAUUCCCAGCAUCUUAUUCCACCUAACGACAGACCCAUUCGGUACAUCGAAAUCAGCUCAAGCCUCCUGUGAAUCACCCGACUUCUCUGUGUGGCUACCCUUCCACUUAGAAUCUCUCCCCCCUUUCCCCAUCCCCUGUGGAAACAGAAACUGCUCCGUGCAACAUUGAGUUCCUCUAUCCUGUAUGCAUGUUGAACUUCGUUUGCACAGUACGUAGCCAACCGUGCUCAUCGGAGGUGUAAGGGAAGGACUACAAACUAAACACCAAGCAGUUCUAAAAUAAAUGCGGUUUUUUUCAAUCUAGAUUUAAAAGUGCAUAGCUCUAAUGGCUUACUAAUAAUAUAAUUUCUUGGCCUAUUGGUCCCAUUUGAAUAUGUUAUCCCUUCUCUUAUUUCCCAUGGCCUCUCUUCUCCCAUUCAUGUUCCUUUUUUAUUUAACCAUAUAUUACAUCGCUUGGAUCCACUUCCCUUUUCAGUAGUGAGCCACAGGUAAAAAGUUGCAAGUCAACCACAACCAGCUCUCACGUCACUUAUGAAAAACCGGUAGCCUAAAAGAAUAGUCGUGCCACAUCGACGAGCAUUUAAGAAAAAGUCGAAUGACAACACAGGAGAGGUGACUUGAAGGAAUGGCGCAAAUGGAUCAUCUCUACCCGGUCAGGAGCCAGUAGAUAUUUAAAUUGACAUAAUUGUUGAACCGUACAGCUCUUACCCUUGACAUAGUUGGGGGGGAAACUUGGCAGAGCUUACCUGUAGUCUAAACAUCUGGAACCAUUCGCUGUCGAGACAUGCCUAACUUCCACAAUGUAUGCCAUUUGGUGUUGAAUUGUUUGGAUGUGUGGUUUUUGUUGUUGCUGCCACGCCGUUUGACAGAACCGCGUGGGUAAAACGCCAUUUUCGGAUGCCUUUUUUCUGCCUUUGGCCAUUCAUUGCAAAGGGUCACGUUUAGAUUCUCUUUCCUAAAUGAAUAAUUGUUAAUUUUAACGAGCUUCCAAAAUUCAAGCAACCGAUGUAAUCUCUUCAUGUUCAAUUAUGUAUUAAUAUAAGAAUAUUAUAGUGUGCAGUAUUAAAAUAAUUGUGGGUAAUGAGAGUUGAUGAAAACAUUUAUUUUUAUAUAAUGGCGAUCUGUGGCGACUUCUUUGAGUAGAUAUACUGUGGUAUGUAUAAACAUGUUUUAAAACUCAUUCAUUUUUUUUAUUGGUGUAUUUCACAAUGGUAUCAAUACAUUGUUAUAACUGAUAUUUAAAUUGCUUAGUUCAACUUAUUAAAUGUACCUGAAGUGUUUUGGGAUGAAAGCAUGUAUGGAUUGAGACGAAAACAAUACUUCUGUGUAUACUGCAUUGUACAAAUAAAGAUAUUUUUAAUUGUC